UUUAUAUUAUAGUGUUGAAAAAUGUAAUUGAAGGAAAACAUGUGAUGAACAUAAAAACUUAAACUCCCACAAAUAGAGUUUCGAAAGAAUUCGCGAUCUAUAACGUAAGUGAUCAAAAAAAAAGAAGAUGGAAUGUUUAAAAUGUAACAAGAAAAUGACCGUCACGGAACUAAUGGUCACUUGCUGCGACUGUAAGCGUACGUCCCAUUCUAAGUGCACGAAGCUGACGGACGAUGAAACCGUGCUGUACCGAGAAAGAGGGCUGCCGUGGCGUUGCAAAGCAUGCUUGAAGCACAAAGAACUCUUCAAAGAUGACUUUAAGAAAAAGAGCAAGAGAAAUGACGAAGGAAUGGGAGAUUCUGGUCGUGCCGAAGCUAAAAAGGAUCUCAACCUGACCAUGGGCAGCAUCUACGAAGCCAUCAUCGAAGGCGAUUCCACGGUCAGGGUGUCCAAAGACGACGUAUCGUACGCAACAGAUUCCAUCCACGCUUUGAAACUGAAAAACGAAAGGUUGAUGAAAGAAAUCGAAACUUUAUCGUACAGACUUGACAUGGCGGAACAGAACACAAAAAGAAACGCAGUGGAAAUAACAGGUGUGCCCGAUAAGAAAAACGAAAACCUUCUUGCCAUCGUGAAACAGAUCGGCGUGGCCAUCGAAUACCCCAUGAACGACGAAAUGGUCGACAUUUGCUACAGGAUAAACCGGCAGAACAAAGACGGCUACCACGGAAUCAUGUUGGCUUUCGUCAGGCGUUUCGAUAAAGAGGGAUUUUUGAAAUGCUACCGGCAAAAAAAGGGGCUUAACGCCAAGGAUUUAGGGAUGAAAAAGGACUCGGAGAUUUACAUAAGGGAGAGCCUCUCACUGAACAAACAACACAUACUACUCGAAACGAAAAAAGUGGCGAAGCAAAUGAAUUAUCAAGGCGUCGGUGUUGUGAACGGAGAGAUUUUUCUAAAAAAGUCAGAAAGCGUACCAGCCAUUCUUAUCAAAGAUUUAAAAGACUUAGAAAAAUUGUUAAAUCCUAAUAUGUAUAAUAAUGUAAAAUGACAAUACGGUAAACACUGUAAUGCCUUUUCAUUAGUCAAAUAAACUGUUUCUUCGUCGUGUA